AUGUUGCCGCGAAAGGACGUCCGAUUAUUGUAUAACUGCACAUUUUAUCCUCAACUCGAGCCCGUUAUCCUUCAUUCAAAAUACUUGGAGGUUAGCUCAAGCGGACCUUCACCAUGUACCCUUCCAGAAGCACGACAAAAGCUGAAAUAUAGAUCUUGCUGUGAAAUAUCAUUAAUUUACAAAAUUCGACUGUCCUGUGCCCUUUCACCAGAUAUCUGUGUUUGCUUGUUCGAUGCCAUUUCUAACGGAAAUGACUGGCUGUUCAAGGACUACUUUUUUGUGCUAGCUGUCGUGUUUGCCGUCCUAGUCGGUGGUCUAUGCACAGAAAAAUACAAGCAGCUGGAGAUGUCCGGAAGAAUGCAGCACGCUCGAGAUCUGGAAAAUGUUGAUUUUAUAUACGGCGAUGCAGUGCAGCUGAAGCUGAACACAGUUACCUGCAUCCUGUUCUUUGGAACGUGGUGUAGAAAAUCUCGUAAGGCGUUGCAGAUUUUGUCGAUACUCCACCAGACAAUGCUGGCUAAAGCGAUUCAAUUCGUUGCACUGACUCAGGAAUCUCGCGAAGAGCUGGCAAUGUAUGAAAUAAAGGGUCGCACAUCAAGCAACUUUUGUGAGCUAAAAGAGUUCCCUUUCACCAUUGGGAUCGAAACUGGUUUAAUUAGCAAAGAAUAUCUCGUAAAGUGCAACCUUUAUAAGGUUCCACAACUGUUCAUUGUUGGCAAGAACAAGGACAUCUUGUGGUAUGGCAAUCCAUGCGACCAAAUUGUCGAGAUUCAAAUUUGUGCAGCUUUGGAGCAGGUCGAUGUAAAGAAUUUUUUAAUGUAA